UUGGGAUAUACGAAACAUUAUACUGUUCAUGUCCCAGAAAACCCUUUUUAUCAUGUAUAUAUACCCCAUACAUGCAACUCUUUCCCUUACAUUUUGCAUUAAAUUACUAGCCCUACGCUUUGUUCAUUUCUCGUUCUAUUUUUUGGGGGGUUUUCUCUGUCAUGGCGGAGCUAGAAUACCAAGGUGAUAACAGUACCAAGAGCAACAACACUACGGCGCGUUUAAAGCUAUUCGGAUUUAACUUCUCGGAAGAUGAUGAUGUUAUGGAGUCUAGUGGUACGAAAGAUCCGUCUUCUGGGUCAUCUUCCGAGCCGGGCGGGUUCGCUGGUGGUGCUGACCGGAAAUACGAGUGUCAGUAUUGUUGCCGCGAGUUUGCUAACUCUCAAGCUUUGGGAGGUCAUCAGAACGCUCAUAAGAAGGAGAGGCAACAGAUGAAGCGUGCCCAACUUCAGGCCACGAGAAACGCGGCCGUUCCGUUUGGUUGGAAUCCUAUUAUCUCCGCCUUUGCUCCUCCGCCGCAUCUCUUGGCGUCACCUACACCCGUCGUGGUGCCGGCUGGGGAUGGACCGUCGUGGGUUUACUUGCCUCGGGGAGGUCCACCUCCUUUCCAAGUGUCACACGGUUGCGUGAUCCCAAGCGCCGGAGGCGGUGGUGGAGUGGGGAGGGGGCCGGCGGGGGUAUCGUACGGGGGUGGUGCUAGUGGUUUGGGGAAGCCGGGGGUAGGCGUUGGUCCGGUGAUGCAAGGUGGUGCCCACCACCAUGGACGGGCGGUUGAUGGGCCAUCGUUGCGUAGGUUUUCAAAGGGAGACGGUAGCCCCAGUUUUGACGAAACAUUGGGCUUAGAUUUGCACCUUAGUCUUGCUCCGGCUAGGCCUUGACUCGGGCUUUGCUGCAAGGGAUCUUUGUACAUUUUCAAAACAAUUUUAUUUAUUUAUUUAUU